CCCGCGAUCUCCCACACUCAAAAUCAAACCAGCCUCCGAAAACCACUUCUGCCUUGGUGUUUUUCCUCAGAAAAUCCAACUUUCUCGCGAUGAGCAACGGUAAACAUCUGGCGAAAGGCUCUACGGCUCCGGAACUGCCGAACGAUGGCAAGCUGCGCCUAUACUCGAUGCGUUUCUGUCCCUACGCCCAGCGAGUACAUCUGAUGCUGGACGCAAAGAAGAUCCCGUACCACACGAUCUUCAUCAAUUUGAGCGAAAAACCCGAGUGGUACUUCGAGAAGAACCCUCUCGGUAAAGUCCCGGCACUGGAGGUGCCAGGAAAGGAAGGGGUCACACUAUUCGAGUCCCUGGUGCUGGCGGAUUACAUCGAGGAGGCAUACUCGGCCCAGCAGCGCAAACUCUACCCAACCGAUCCAUUCCAGAAGGCGCAGGAUCGUAUUCUGAUCGAGCGCUUCAACGGUGCAGUCAUCUCACCGUACUAUCGCAUUCUGUUCUCCACCGAUGGUAUUCCACCGGGGGCCAUCACCGAGUUCGGCACGGGGCUGGACAUUUUCGAGAAGGAACUGAAAACUCGCGCCACUCCUUACUUUGGCGGUGAUAAGCCGGGCAUGCUCGAUUACAUGAUCUGGCCGUGGUGUGAGCGGGUGGAUCUGCUCAAGUUUGCUCUCGGUGAUAAAUACGAACUGGAUAAGGAACGAUUUGGAGCUCUGCUAACGUGGCGCGAACUGAUGGAAAAGGACGAUGCCGUAAAGCAGUCAUUCAUUUCGACGGAAAAUCACACGAAAUUCCUGCAAAGCCGCAAGAGUGGCGAAAAUAACUACGAUAUUCUUCCGUAAGCAUUUGAGCGCUUUCAUUACAACAUUCCGUGUCUAUCCGCAGCGAAUGCGUUCUCUCUCGAUAUUCAUAUCUGUGCGCGGGUCCACCAUCGUGUACACAUCGAGGCAAAUCACUUACUAACCCCCCUCUAGUGUGGCGUAUUAGGCAAAUAAGGCCUCCAAAUAACUCUCUCUUCUGGUGGCUCCUUUCGAAGCAAGCUGCCAAUAAAUUGUGCUAAUAUAAACGAGAUCGUGUUCUUCUGUGUCCGUUGCCUUCGUUACUAAUCCAACGCCGGUGUCGCCUACUGCAUUACCGCCAUCAACACACUCCUGUUCUAUAGAAGCAUCGCACCUCGUCUCUCACCUGCUUUCUCGCACUUGCACCGGCCGUCUGUGAAGGUUUUGAUUUUUUGUAAAAAAGUUUUCCGGGGGAAAUGUGUGACCGCAAUCUUUAUACGAAUACUGGAACACUUCCCUUUUGCAGCAAUAAUGACGCCAAAAAGCCCCGGUUGGAAUAAAUAAGGUGUACGGUUUUCGGGACGGCAAACAACCGCACGAUUUCCAGCACCCAGUGAUAUAUCUAUGACUGAAACACAGAGAAAAGAGAGAGCAUUUACCAGCAAUCGAUGAGCUUCACAAUGUGCAACAUUUGAAAAUCAUUUCCUUAAUAAAACACAAAAUAAUCAAGCA